AGUUGCGUUUGUUGUUUGAUGCGUUUGCUACAUACAUAUAUUACUGUAGUAUUCGGUAGCUUUUGAAUUUGUCGCUCUGUAUACACUAUGUCUGGAGCAAGUUUCACUUUAUAUUAUAUGUAAUUGUAAAGUCGGUCGGUCAAUCCGGUUCAGCGCUGUGAUAUUUGGCAAAUAGAGCAUUUAAAAUUUUGUUUUAGGGUGUUUCUAUUCUCCAUCCACAUGUCUGAACUCACGAUAAGGAAAAGCGGUAAUGGCGACAAAAUCAUAAAUAACAAUGGUGGAGACGAAGUUAACAGCGCAAGCCAUGAUAAGCGGAUGAAGGAAGUACAAAAAAACGAUGGUAGCAAAAAUGAUGCGAACUCUAUGGUGACCGUUGUAUUUAUAUCACUGAUAUUUGAUUUACUCGCUUUUACCAUGAUCCUGCCACUCAUGCCUUUAUUGCUUGAGCAUUACCGCCAGAAUGAUAGCUCUGGAUUGUUUAAUUUGCUGACGCAGCAAAUACAUUGGUUCCAGCAAUUGGUUGGCGCACCUGAACGCUACACUUCGGUGUUAUACGGUGGGUUCUUGGGCUCCAUGUUCAGUUUUUUGCAAUUCGUAGCGAGUCCGGUAGUGGGCGGUCUGUCGGAUUACUAUGGUCGGAAGCCGUUAAUGCUAAUUUGUACAACAGGAAUUGCACUAUCGCACCUGCUGUGGGCAUUUUCCAGCAAUUUCACGCUAUUCGUGUUGGCCCGAUUUGUUGGCGGUAUCAGCAAAGGUAACAUAUCGCUAUGCAUGUCUAUCAUCACUGAUGUUUCCAGCGUAAAAACACGGUCAUUCGGUAUGGCCUUAGUUGGUGUCGCUUUUUCGGUGGGCUUCAUAGCUGGUCCUUUAAUUGGUGCACUAUUUGCGGGUUCAUUAAAUAAUUCAGGAGAAUCGUGGUAUGUGGCACCCUCAUUAUGUGCUUUUGCAAUGGCUGUAUGUGACUUAAGUAUCAUUGCAUUUGCCCUGACAGAGACGUUGCCAAAAGAAAAGCGAGUAAAAGAGAUUUCUUCAGCGAUAUCAUACGCCACACAGCUGCUAGAUAUUCGCUCAAUAUUCAAUAUUUUUUGUAUUUCCAUUAACAGCUUCUCGGCAAUUAGGAAAGUAUCAAAAACGGAUAUAGAUGCACUUCGAAAAAUUGGACUAAUUUACUUCUUAUAUUUAUUUUUGUAUUCCGGUUUGGAGUUCACUGUUACAUUCCUCAUGUUUCAUAAAUUCGGCUACAAUUCCAUGGAGCAAGCGAAAAUGUUUCUUAUGACGGGUAUUGUUAUGGCCCUCCUGCAGGGCGGAGUUGUGCGUCGUCUGCCACCACAAGCGACCAAACCAUGUGCCGUAUUUAGUUUAUAUCUUAUUGUGCCCUCGUUUGUGCUGGUUGGUCUAGCCAAAGAUGGACGUUUGCUGUAUACGGGCAUGCUGCUGUUUGCAAUUUCCACUGCCUUUGCUGUUACAUGCCUAACUACAUUAGUUUCGCGCUAUGGUAAUGACGACCAGAAAGGUUCGGUUCUAGGUAUUUUUCGUUCACUAGGUGCUUUAGCGCGAGCCAUUGGACCUUUUGUAGGUUGCGUAUCAUUUUGGUGCUUUGGCUCGCAACUUACUUAUAUUACUGGUGGUCUUUUAUUGAUAUACCCAGCAUAUCAAUUGCAACGUGCAAAGCUCUGAACUUUUCCCGAAAAGUACAAUUUCAAGUAUUUACCGGUAUUUAUUGUUUUUGAGGCGAAUUUUUUUCAAAUGUGUUAAUAAUAUAAUAAAUGCAUUCAUAUAAUAAGCGUA